AUGCCACGACGACCCUCAAAGGCCGCUGUGACUUCACCGCCAUCUGUCGUGUCGGGAACGGCACAAAAGCGGCGCGCGUCAGCCAGACUCUCGGCCGCGCAGAACGAGAUCAAAAGAGUCAAAUCCUCCUCCAUCUUGCUAGAUCAAUCCGUCAAAUCCACAGCGAAAACGAGCAAGUACUUUGAAGCAGACAAUUCUGUCGAAUCGGAGACAGCGACAAGUGAACCCAGUGAGCCUGAAGAAGAUGAUUCGGAGUCGGCCUAUGAAGAGGGUGACCCGUCCGAUGCAACAGCGGAAGAGGAGUCCGAACCUGAAGAGCCAAGUGAGAGUGAGGAGGAUGACAAGAAGUCUCGCCCAAGAUCGAAGAAGAAUGCACGGAGCAGUAACAUCGACAGCGACCUUCUCAAGGGCAAAGAGCUCUGGCGCGAGGGCGUGCGGACUGGCCUGGGACCUGGCAAGGAGGUCUUCAUACCCAAGCCCAAAGCACGGGAUCCGGGAAAGGUACCCUACCAAGACGAGAGAUUGCAUCCCAACACUAGGCUGUUCUUGAUCGAUUUGACCAAAAAUAAUGAUCGCGAGUGGCUCAAAGGACAUGAUCCGGAUUACCGAGCAGCAAAGAAAGACUUUGAAACUUUCGUGGAAACUUUGACCCCGAAAAUUGUGGAAAAGGACGGGACCAUUCCAGAGCUGCCCGUCAAAGAUCUGAUCUUCCGCAUUCAUCGUGAUGUUCGAUUCAGCAAGAAUCCCCUUCCCUACAAGAAUCAUUUUUCAGCAGCAUGGUCUCGAACGGGUAGAAAGGGACCCUAUGCAGCAUAUUAUCUGCAUUUCCAGCCCGGCUCUUCUUUUCUGGGUUGUGGAUUAUGGUGUCCUGAAGCCGGGCCAUUGGCGGCCCUGAGAGAGGACAUUGAUGAGAAUGUAGAUAGCUGGUUAGAGGUUCUCGGCGAACCGUUAUUGCGUCGAGAAUUCCUCAAUGGGGCUUCUGAUGAUCAUCAAGAGAUAAUGAAGGCCUUUGCCCACGCAAAUCGGGAGUCUGCGCUGAAAACCAAACCAAAGGGCUACGAUGCAGAUCACAAAAGUAUCCUAUUGUUACGAUUGCGCAGCUUUACGCUCGCACGUCCGCUCACAGAUGAUGACCUUCUCAGCGCAAAUACGCAAGAUCGAAUUGCCACACUUAUCGAAAUUUUGGAACCAUUUGUGAGUGAUUUACCACGUCUCCUAUCACAGAGGGCCUUUUGUCGAAAGACGACCUUGACCCUUCUCACCGCCUGUUUUUGUCACCACGUCAAGUCGAUUGGCCAAGGUCAAUGGCUUCCAGGUUGCGUGGAGUACUGCUGGAAUCACCCAACCUUCAGAGCCAAGAGUUCGAUCACUGACGUGGAUUACAUGGAGCAGGUCACUUAUCUAAACAGCGUCGUUAUGCCUGACCUCUAG